UUUCCUUUUGCAAGUUCCCGUCACAGCAGUUUGGCAAGUACAAACUGUUUCUGCUCUUAGAAAAACACAGUCAUUUUCUUAUGAAAAAGUAAGGACGAUGCACCCUAACUACAUCUGAACCCAGGCUGAUAUAUACAUUGAUAUAUAUAUUUAGUGCCUCUUCUAUCCUUAUAUGACCAGAAUGGGAUUGGAUAAAAUGGUAGAGACUAAUCCCUUUCCACAAGGACUGACAGAUCGCUAAAGGUAACACAUCGAGGCCUGGCUCACCCUUCGACUAUGGCGGGGCUGUAAUUUACAUGCUGCUGUGCUACAGCGAUGGACACGAUGCAACGUAGCUUUGGUGUGAUGUUCUGUUAUUCCGCUGUGUGUCUCCUCUGUGCAGUUAUACAAGUGCAAGGGUCCAAACUGCUGAACAGCUUAGAGUGUUACAAUAAUGAUGCCUCAUGCAUCACCUGCACCUGGACUGCCACACGACCUUAUGCGCAUCUUGUCAAUAUGACUUUAAAUGAAUGCGGGAACAUUAUCUGUCCGAACCGCACACAGAGCAACCUCACGUGGACAUGUGUCAGAGAAAAAAACAUUCAUGCUACUUUGACAGAGAAGUAUCAGUUUUUACCUGACCGCAGUCUGGAAACGCAACUUAAUUUGACAGACAACGACACUGGUCUCACAGAGCAUCCCAAACCCAUUAAGUACUACAAUGAAAAUGGGUAUUUCCUCCUUUGGUCAGAAGCAAAUUAUGCUCUAGAAAAUCAAAUGCAGGAAAUUUCACAGUGUGAAAGCCGACACAAGAAGAUGUCAGAAACAUGGGAGAAAUCAUCAAUGGGGGAGUGCAUCAAUGCAUGGGCUGUAUAUAAACCAGAGCCAGGAAGAUUUCAUGUUGCACAAAUGAGAGUAAAGUAUAAUAGUGGCCACUGGAGCAACUGGAGCUCGGAAGUUGCACUUGAACCUAAAAAGGCGGUAGAUGAAGCCAAACCCCAAAACCUGCGUUGCAUGCAAUUUGUUGGACAAGUGCUAUGUGUCUGGGAGGUGAGGGUGGAAGUAGCUGAUGCUGUGUCCUUCGAACUAUUCUACAAAAAGACUGAGUCUGACAAGAAUGAAAAAUGUAACCACACGUGCCAGACAGAGGUCCCCAAUGUCCUGUACAUCUCCUGUCGCUGCAGCAUUAAGACAGAUAAUUUAAAUCCAGCCAGCUGGCAAAUAAGUGUAAAACCAGAAAUAGAAGUGAAAUAUAUAAAAGCGUGUUCUAAUAUUCGUUAUGGACCACCCAUUAAUUUAACCAUUCAGGAAAAAGAACAAGGGCAGCUCUACCAAGCCAGGUGGAGCACUGAGGCAAUAAACAGUCGAUCGAAACCAUUCUAUCUGAUCUGCUACUGGAGAGAAGAUCAAGACAAAAAUAAGAAAUUUCCUGACUGCCCUUAUGAGCAGAAAAACAAAUCCAGCAAUGAAGACAGGGUUCUUGCACUUCGCCUUGGUAAUGAACUUGAGCCCUUAAGCAAAUACAACAUAAAGGUUCGGAUGCGCAUCCCGCAUGAAGAAGGGAUAGGAAACUGUCCGGGAGGACCAUGGAGUGAGUGGAGCAAAACUGAAAAUUGGAAAACCAAAGCAGUUCCAAAUCACAUGUUUCUGUACAUAAUGAUCCCUAUAUGUACCAUCGCCCUCAUCGUCGGCUGUAUUUUUGGAUAUAAAUAUAUGAGAAGGUAUAAGAAGAAAUGGGAAGGUAGGAUUCCAGACCCCAGCAAGAGCAACCUUAUUCUUAAUUUUCAGCAGAAAAAGAAAAAGUCCCAAUCGUAUUUAUACUGUUCUGAGUACCACGCCUACGAGGAGCUGGCAGAUAGCUGCAGAGUAAAUGACCCAAACAGCAUUGAUAUGUUUCUUGAGGAAGAGCGAAUCUCAACCUACUGUAGUCCUGCUGAGGUUCCAGAUGAAGAAGAUAAAUAUGACGAGACAACCCUCACCAUAGAAUCCGGAUAUCAGCCAUUUGAAGAACUGGUUCAGGAAUCACAAAGUAAAGACUAUUUAGAAGAGCACUUUGCACCACUUGAAUGUGAUGAUAAUGACCAACAAAGUCAGUUUGUACCCAUUGCCUUUGAUGGGCCAUAUCUUUUCUAUCCUUGAUUUAAAAGGAGUUUGUCCCUGAGGAUUGCUCGUGUAAUGAAAAUAAAAAAGAACAAUCCAUUCCUA